AAAACCCAAAAUAAAUCACUUGAAUGGGACCUCAGCUACUCAACCACGCCCUCCGACCCCAGUUCUAUCAAAUUCCUGCCACAAUGUUCCUGGUUUGUGGUUUGUCAAAAUGGGCUCAAAACAUACAAAUAUUUUGGAAUGUUCUUUUGAAAUUGACAAAGAAACAGCAGCAAAAUGGGAUAUUCCUGAAAUUUCUUUGAUAUCGGAGAAAAGAACUGUACCUUCGCAGAUGGGCAAGCCACGAUUAUGUCUACAGAUUCUCUGUCUGCCCACAGAUCUUGUUCAAUCAGUCCAAGGAACAAUUCAACCAGGAGCUUCUGCAGGGGAUGUUGCCAUUGCUUUAUCCACCAUCAAAGAAAGCUGGCCUCCAACAGGCAACCUGAUUAUUGAAGUCAACCCAGGGACCGGCCAUGGUCAUACUUGGUUACCUUUUGACUUGGAACCAACAAGUCCUUCCGUGAAUUUGGAAGACCACAUUCAUGAAGGCAAGAAUGUUGUUCAGCUGAUCCAGCUUGCUGGAAUGGCGGAUCAUAUUUUUGUUCUUUUUGCAUCUCUGCAACAACCUCCUUCUCCUCCUCCUCCCCCUCCUCCCAAGUUUCCUCAUGAUCUGAACAAGGUUCUUGCCGAAACCAAAUUGAAGUUGGGAGAUGUUGGGAGUAUUCCCCCUCUUGUCACCAGUGUCAGUGUAACAUUAGAUUCAGAUGAUCCUAAUUCAUAAUUUCUUGG